GGGUGGUUGUCCUUUUCAUUAUUCUCGUUAUUGUUACCUUAUUAGAAGCAAAGCAACAAGAAUCCCUGUUUGGGUGCAACCCAAGUCGUCUUGAGCCACACCUCUUCCAGCCAUAGCUUACGCUAUCCAAACCAUCCAAAACUCACUUCCCGACAUCCUCCAUCCUUUGUUUUCCAACAACACUCCACCCCUUCAUCGCGGUCGUCCCCUCCUCUCGUCCUCCGCAUCGAGAGCGUCCAUCUUCAACCCGUUCCCGUUGAUUCCGGACUGGUUGCUCGUAAACACCCACACAUUCGUUCGCCUUACUUGCCAACUAUGGCUCCCAGAACUCAGCCCGUUAUCGCCCAAGGCACUCGGUCAUUACGAACCAUCAGUUCCGAACUGGAAUUCCUCGUUGAUAUAGAUGCCAUUACGCAAGCACAACGCUCUGCCAUCCUCGCACAACUCCCAAGCGAGGCGCAACUCCAGGCCUCAAUCCAGCAGUCCGCAGCAGAUACACCACCGCCGGCAAAUCAAUUGUCCAACAUGCGAUUGAAUGAGAAGGGCCAUGAGCCGCAUUCCUACAACGACCCCAUUCCACCCCCCGCAUACGCCUCCGGUCCGCCGGUCCUAUCCAUUGCAUCUGCCCUUUACGCUUACACUCCUACUGAUGCUGGGGAUUUGGCUUUGCAGCCCCAGGAUAGAAUCCAGGUUCUAGAGCACAUGAAUAAUGACUGGUGGCGAGGCCGGAACGAACGCACACGCCUUGAAGGAAUUUUCCCGCGAACCUAUGUCAGUGUGAUCGAGGAGAAAUCAACAAUUCAUUCACCGCAGCCAGUCAGCAGUUAUGGCAAUCUUCCUCUUGAAAUUUCUCAUUCAGGGUCCUCUGGAUCACACAAACCCAGCAAGUUCGAAGAGAAUGGGAAGAAAUUCGGAAAGAAAAUGGGUAAUGCCGCAAUCUUCGGUGCUGGUGCGACUGUUGGCUCCAAAAUUGUCAACGGCAUUUUUUAAGCUGAUGCCAUCGCCAACGAUUCGAGAUCUGUUUCUUUUGUUUUUGGGCUCUGUUAGGUUGGAUGAAUACUUGGGAUUUAACGCAUGGAAUACCGGCGUUGGUGGCUCCUUUUUUAUUUUAACUCGAGAUUAUAUUCGUCCCAGCAAGAUCAAGGCACGAAAAUGCUACAGCAAGCCCAGCGUCAUGUAUCGACUCGUCUCUCACCUCCGACUUGCGACGUUGGUCUUUUAUAUUGGGAUACUACUAUUAGCGGUCGCUAGAUCGACGGCAUCACUCACAUCUCGCUACCACAUCUGUACGCUUCAUAAGGUACUAGGUAUAUCGACUCUGCGCAGGGAUCCCCACAUUUUUCCACUCUACGUGAAUGUCCGUGUUGAUCUAUUCACAGCGGUGAUCGAUCUCACGAUACAGACUAUGGAAUUGAGUAAAUAUGCCAGUCUGCCGCCCGCCACCUUCGAACAAAUCGAUGAUUCGCGCAAUCCUGCGGCAGCCCUAGUAGCAGGCUCCCAAUUUUGGAUAAAAUCUCUUUCUACUGCUUUCCUUGUUUAGCCCGCCACUUUCCUUUCCUCAAAUCUCAACCCUAAGAUUUUCUUUUUCUUUUUCCUCCUUUCUUUCGUGCUAAUAAUGACGUCGCCAUUUUGUGUCGAUUUUUCCCUGGAUCCUUGUCCAAUUACCUGUAUUGCUGCUGUAUUUUUUUUUAUUUCUUCUUUACCUCCUCGGUCUGUUGUCCUUCGCCCUUCAAAUUGGUAAUGCAAAGCCACAUGGAGCGGUUGGUAUAUUUCCUUCACCCCUUUCGUGGUUUAUCAGUUUGUUGGAGAAUAGAUCGGUUUUUUUUUCUUUCUUUUUGUCCAAAACAAACCUACCCUGGAAAGAACAUACUCUGAUUGCCUUUUGUGCUGGUCGGGUAUGCGGAAUUUGGGCCAAUGGACUUUUUACUUGCUGUU